GUAUCACCCCCUCCUCGUAUACACCCCCUACCUGCGCUAUCACCCCCUCCUCGUAUCACCCCUCCUUCGUAUCAACCCCCUCCAUGCCUCGUAUCACCCCCUCCUCGUAUCACCCCGUCUUUGUAUCACCCCCUCCUCAUUUCACCCCCUCCUCAUUUCACCCCCUCCUCGUACACCCCUCCUCGUAUCACCCCCUCCUCGUAUCACCCCCUCCUCGUAUCACCCCCUCCUCGUAUCUUUCCCUCCUUGUAUCACCCCCUUCUCGUGUCACCUCCGCGUCAUGUCACCAUCUAA